AUGGAGAACAGAAAUGUUGAUGCGAUCGAGGUUGAGACAGAGGAGGUUCGCGUGGAAGAUGAAACCGAACAGCUCUUGGCAGAGAAGGAGGAACAGGUCCUGCCAUUGAACCCGAAUACCUCCCAUCCAUUCAAGAGAUGGAUGGACAGUUUUCGAGUACGCAGACGGGUUCCUCCAACAAUCCCAGAACGACAUGUCCACGACUGGCCAGAAUCAUUGCCAACCGAACUCGCUCCCCCCAAUUUGAGUGGACGCCGAGACUCGCUCCUGUCAGGACGUUCGUCGCAGUUGGGAACAGUGAAGACGACCACUCUCAGCAUUACGAGCCGGAGCUUUGCAAGAUCGAGAAGGACAACACAAAGCACUGCUGGUCAGAGUAGUCUCUCGGACGCUCGGUUCUCAGCCGAUAGCUCUCGUCCGACCUCGAGCCAGUAUGUUGAUGAUCAGGCAGAGAUUCGCGCGAACAAGAGGCGUCAAGUGUUGCAGGAAAUGGUCACGACUGAGGCGGACUAUGUCAUGGGUCUCAAAGCUCUUACAGGGGUUCUCUCGAUCUUUGAUACCAGACCUGAGAUCUAUCACAACAUUCAGAAGAUUCGCGGCAUUCACGAAAACUUCUUGACCCAAUUGCAAACCAUAUCCCCCAUGUCUUCUUCACAGGCCCCUGAUGACGCUUCUGAUCUUACGGCUCGGGGGCUCUCGAAGCGCUUGGGGGGUAUCGAUCUGCCUGGACUGAAAGUUCUGCAGAAUCGGUCCUUGAGAACUCGCAACUUCAAAGCGACCAUUAAUCGGCGUCUCAAGCCCAUGCAAGCGGAGCCAUUGGAGGCUCUUGAGGUUGCACGCGCGGUGGAAAUCUUGUCAGUGUCUUUCCCUGCAUACGAAGAGUUCUGUAGCAACUACGAUCUGUUCACCCAAGAUUUGGCCAUCCUGCGGCAGUCUGUUCCAAACUGGGCAAUGUUUGAUCAGGGUAUUGAAUCACUGUCAAAAUCGGUUGCCUCCAUCGAAAGCCGGAAGCACGAAGACAACAAAUCGAUGACCAUGAGUGAUCUGAUGAUCAAGCCCAUCCAGCGACUUUGCAAGUAUCCGCUUCUCCUCCAAGACCUGCUACGCAGCACCCCUGUCAGCGAUUGUCCAUCCUCUCAUAGCGGAAUGCGGCAGAUUUUGGACAACCUACGCGUUCUGGUAGCCCGAAUCAACUCGGCGACGGGAAAUCCCGUUAAAAAGGAUCGAAUCCAAAAGACUAUUCUUCUCCAGGCGCGGUUUGAAUUUUCUGAUUCGUACAAACUACAGGACAUAUAUAAAGACUUGGGUCCAAUGACAGUGUGUGGCGUGCUGCAUGUCACCUACCAGACGCCCAACCAAACGAUGGGAGACUUUAUGGUCACGGUUCUCUUCAACUCCUAUUUGCUCCUUUCCAGAGGGGCGGAGGAUGCUCGGAGACUGGAGGUUGUGGCCUGUAUUUACCUGGGUGAUUUGAAGGAGGAAACGAUUCAAAAUGGACAAGGCCUUUUCUGCUAUGGAUGCCCGUUUUCGUGGAAAAUCCAGUUUCAAAUGGAAGAGGAGAACUUCGAAUUCGUGCUCAGUGCAUCAUCCGCAAUUGAAGAGAGACUGUGGAAGACAGAGACCCUAAAGUGCUCCGCAGCCCUUACUGAAAUGGGUAGAUCGGGUGGUACCUGGGAUCCAAGAAAGUACUCUCUUCUAAGCCUUCCGCUGGUACCGUUGGAUCACGUCCAAUAUACGGUAUCUUCCUUGGCCAGACGCUCUUCGAUGGACUCCGUGGCGAUCACACGCAGGGCCAAUGUCCAACCAGUGGUCAUCAAAAAAACACACUUCCCCCACACGACGGAGGAGACCCCCAAUCCACCGCCGGAAGGCGAGAUUGAGCGGCCCAAGACCACUGUUGCACGCGGUGCCGUGACUGUGACUGCAAGGCGAGCGGAGCGAGUUCGACUCGAGCGAUUGAUCUCGGAUGCCUAUACUCGAGAUGUGCUUCCCAUGCCGGGAAUGGUGCUCUGCCGAGGUGAUCUAUUUCGUCGUGGUUCGAUCAUGCGACGUCUUAGCCUCCAUGCCACAUUCGCCAAACGGUCCAGCUCGGUCAGCAUUACGAGCAAUUCCGGACGAGCAGUUCCCGAUGCACGCUCCAUUGACUAUCCAAGUGGGGAGGAAAAGGAUUUGUUGACUACUCACGACGGAGGUAACGACCAACGUCGCUCAGCGGACGCAGACUGCGAGUCACCUAAGACGCCUACAUCCACAAUUGGACGUCAAAGGACCAUUCGAUUCCGGACUACACCCAAAAUAACGUCGGAAUCUUCACCACGCAGUGAGAAACGGUCUAGUCAGGAAAGCAGCUCUGAAUUAUCUCCGACGCGGAAGAAAUGGCCAUCGUCGAUGGGCAUACUUAAUGCGCUUUCACCAAAGAAUCUGAUGCAAAGAAAAUCCAGCAUGGGGCAAGGGGACGGGAAUUGA